CGGUUGCCGGAUUCGUGGCGGGAGGCUGGCGAAUGGGGCUUGCAGCGUAGCCCGGCGCCUGUACUGUAUAUUUUGAAUCGGGGAUAAUGGGCAAAAAUGUAGACCCGAGAGGCUCGAGAAACGGGGUUUUUUUAGCACCGUUUCCCCGAGAGACCGAUGGGAAACAAUCACAUGAACAAUACUUCCCCCCCCCCAAAAAAAACCCUACAAUCCGAAUAGCCGCCGUCCAACGGUAACGGACAAGCGAGCCCCAAUUGGGAGGGGUUGGUGCUCCUUUCGUUGGCCCCCACCGUAGAAACCACGUUUGGUUUUUUAUUGUUUGGGGAUGUUGUAACAGUUGCCUUUUUUUUUUUUUUUUUACGCUUCACGUGUAUAACGGUAGAGAUGAAGUACAGUAACUGUUGGAGCCAAAAUGGUCUUGCUUACUAGAAAUAUUCGGUGUACGCUGUGACUUCGAGAAGCGGGCCAGAUUAUUUCAACUCUCUGCCAAAUUAUGCAUAAGGAAAUUUUUAAAGAUUUUUCCCUUUGCCAGGUUUGGAGAUGGCUUGUAUGACUCUUAUAUGAGAAUAGAUCAGAUUAGAUGUCCAGAACCUACAAAUGAAGAAUGCACCCCUUCUGGUUUUCCUUCACUAGGGAGAUCUAAUGUAACUACUAGCACAAUCACAAUGAAGGAUCAUCCUUUGACUGGGAGCCAAAUCAAAGUUGAGCAAUUAUUUGAAGACUCUGGAAAUAGAAGGAGCAGUACUCUGCAAUCCACUGGAAUAAAUGGCUCUGAAAGAUCAUUUCCGACUCCAGUAAAAAAUAAAAGCGCUGAUAGUGUCUGCACCAUCAAAAAUAGUGGCAGCUCAAUAAAAGCACAGAAAGCUGGUUGUCAGUCUGCAGAGCAAGCACUGAAGCAAUAUAAACAGCAUUUAACAGCCUAUGAGCAACAAGAAAUAUUUAAUUUUCCUGAAAUCUAUUUUGUGGGUCCAAAUGCAAAGAAAAGACAGGGAGUUAGUGGUGGCCCAAACAAUGCUGGAUAUGAUGAUGAACAAGGCAGCUACGUUCAUGUACCUCAUGACCAUCUUGCGUACCGAUAUGAAGUACUUAAAAUAAUUGGGAAAGGCAGCUUUGGCCAAGUAGCUAAAGUGUUUGAUCACAAACACCACCAACAUUUGGCUCUAAAGAUGGUGCGCAAUGAGAAACGGUUUCACCGGCAAGCGGCAGAAGAAAUACGCAUCCUGGAACAUCUCAAAAAGCAAGAUAAAACUGGCAGCAUGAAUGUUAUUCACAUGCUAGAAAGCUUUACCUUUCGGAAUCAUAUAUGUAUGACUUUUGAGCUCUUGAGCAUGAAUCUAUAUGAGCUGAUCAAAAGAAACAAGUUUCAAGGCUUCAGUGUGCAACUUGUACGUAAAUUUGCCCACUCAAUAUUGCAAUGUCUGGAGGGGCUAUUCAGAAACAAAAUUAUACAUUGUGACUUAAAACCUGAAAAUAUUCUUCUGAAACAGCAAGGACGGAGUGGAAUCAAAGUAAUAGAUUUUGGAUCUAGUUGUUUUGAACACCAAAGAGUUUAUACUUACAUACAGUCUCGGUUUUACAGAGCCCCAGAAGUUAUCCUGGGAAGCCGCUAUGGGAUGCCCAUAGAUAUGUGGAGUUUCGGCUGUAUUCUGGUGGAACUUCUGACUGGUUAUCCUUUGUUUCCAGGAGAGGAUGAGGGUGAUCAGCUAGCUUGUAUGAUGGAGCUCCUUGGAGUGCCUCCACAGAAAUUGCUAGACCAAUCCAAGCGAGCCAAAAACUUCAUCAAUUCAAAAGGUCAUCCUCGCUAUUGCAGUGUAACAACUCAAGCAGAUGGGAAAGUUAUUCUUAAUGGUAGCAGAUCACGAAGGGGUAAAAUGCGCAGUGCUCCAGGCAACAAGGACUGGAUCACAGCAUUAAAAGGCUGUGAUGACUCUUUGUUUAUAGAGUUCUUAAAAGAAUGUCUUAAUUGGGAUCCUUCUGCAAGGAUGACUCCUAGCCAAGCUUUAAGACAUCCUUGGAUUUGUAAACGAGUACCUAAGCCUCCCAGCGUGGAUAAAAGUUCAGGCAAACGGAUUGCUCACUAUACAAGCGCUUUCCCAGGGAUAAAUUCCAGAUUACCCCCAGUUGUUGGGGUAGCGAACAAACUGAGAGCUAAUCUAAUGUCUGAUUCAAAUGCCAAUAUACCUCUAUGUACUGUGCUACCAAAACUGGUCAGCUAAUAGAGAAUUAUAUAUUCCCAGGGUA